AUGGCUUCACAAUCGCAGCCCGUCCCCGAGGGGAUGGAGAACUUCGUCGUCGGACUGAUUGGUAUGGGCGACAUGGGCAAGAUGUAUGCCGAAAGACUGUCUGCCGCUGGCUGGAGAAUCAUGGCCUGCGACAGAGAAGAGAAUCAGGAAAAGCUUCAGAAAGAAUAUGCUGGAAAUAAAAAUAUAGAAAUUUGUCGAAAUGGCCACUAUGUUUCCCGCGCAAGCGACUACAUCAUCUACAGCGUCGAGGCCGCCGUCAUUGACCGUGUAAUUGCUCAGUAUGGACCAUCUACCAAGCUUGGUGCCAUUGUUGGAGGUCAAACCUCUUGCAAGUCCCCCGAGAUCGCUGCCUUCGAAGCUCACCUCCCGGCCGACGUCGAUAUUAUCUCGUGCCACUCACUUCAUGGCCCCAAUGUUGACCCGACUAACCAACCCCUUGUGCUCAUCCAACACCGCGCCCCAGACUCAGCUCUUCGAAAGGUUGAGACUGUCCUCAGCUGUCUCCGCUCAAAGUUUGUCCAUCUCUCAGCCCGCGAGCACGACCGUAUCACCGCCGAUACUCAAGCAGUCACCCAUGCAGCCUUCUUAUCUAUGGGUAAGGCGUGGCAUGCUAACAAGCAAUUUCCUUGGGAGCUGAGUCGAUAUGUUGGCGGUAUUGAGAAUGUCAAGGUCAAUUUGAUGUUGCGCAUCUACAGUCAAAAGUGGCAUGUAUACGCUGGCCUUGCUAUUCUCAACCCUGAAGCGAGUGAGCAGAUCUCACAGUAUGCACGAAGCGUCACCGAUUUGUACAAACUCAUGCUCGAAGGAAACCGUGAGGGCUUCAGAGAACGAGUCUACCGGGCACGCGACAAGGUAUUCGGUCCAUCCACGACCUGGGACACACGCCCCUUGCUCGAGCCGUCGAUCUUGUCGUCCUUCUCGCUCGGUACGCCCACUGAUGAGCCUCGACCCAACAACCAUCUCUCGAUUCUUGCAAUGGUCGACUGCUGGGCGGCGCUCAACAUUGUGCCAUAUGAUCACAUGCUCUGCAGCACUCCUCUCUUCCGUUUGCGCCUUGGUGUCACUGAAUACCUGUUCCGCAACGAAGAUGUCCUUGAGGCAGCCAUUGAGACUGCAAUUGAGGAUAAGACGUACCGGAGUGACGAUCUGGAGUUCACUUUUGCAGCCCGGGCCUGGGCUGAGUGUGUGAACCUGGGACAUUUCGAGACAUGGGAGAAGCGGUUCGUGAGUACUCAACAGUUCUUUGAACCACGGUUUGAGGAGGCCAAGGUGGUGGGUAAUCAAAUGAUGAAGAAGAUAUUGGAGAAUUCCAAGGAUAAUUAG